GCUGUCAAAUUUUGUAUUUACAUUUUGUAAGUGCACGUUGUUAAACUAAAUAAAGGAAAAAAAAUAAAAAUGGUAAACAAUCCAUUUCGUAGUAAACCUUCUGCAAAUGUUCAACAAAAUGUUGAUGAUUGGGGUAAAACUAAAUUUAAACCAAAUAAAUUCGGAGGCGGUGGCCGUGGCGGUAAAAAACCUUUUAACAAACAUCAAGGUGGCAAAUUCGGCAACAACAAGCCAUUCCGUGGUGGAAAAGGAAAUAAUCAUAAAAAUAAGGACAAUUACAAAUUCAAUCAAGUAGCACGCGAUGCUAAACCAGAAAAUGCUACACCAUGGAAUAAAUACAAGGAUGAAAUUGUCUACAAGCAACGUGAAGAAGAGCAAGCAGCUUUGCAGGCCAACAUGGAUAGCAAAGAUGCUAAAACUGCACUCAAGCAGCGUGAAAUGAACUAUAGGAAGUUACUAAUUGAACAAAAGAAACAGGAAUCCACUGUUUGGGAUGAUUUCGGAGAAGAAGAAGAAGAUAACCACAAAAAUAAACAGAAAAAACCCAAAAAGUUUGAAGAAACUUCCACAGAAGUCGCCAUUAACGAAAUUAAGGAAACGAAUAAAAGUAAAAAUUUUAAUAAAAAACAAAAGAAAGCAGAAAAUAAAUUAAAUGCUGAAUCUAAAACCAAGUUCAAGAAAAACGUUUCUAAUUCUGAACUCAAAGCAGACGUUAAAGAGUUCAUAUCAAAAGAACUUUUAGAAAACUUCGAUAGUAAAAAGUUAAGCUUCGAACAAAAUGAUAUAUUACGACGUAAAAUAACGAAAACUUCAGUGAUGUCUAUUGGUAUUACACUUGAAUGUGCGGUCAAUGAUUUGAAACACAAAAAAACUAUAAAGGAAAAACGAAAACAAAAUAAAAACUAAAACUCGUAAAAAACUUUUUUUUAAUAUGAAUUCAAUAUUUUUUUAUUAUAUUAUCUUUGGGUUGGCGAUAUUCAAUAUUAGAAAACAAUGAGCCGGGUUCAUUAUUGUUUUAACGAUAUGAAUUUAUCAUGUCUGUUUUGUAAAUCUAUUCGGUUUCAAACUCUAAAAAAGAAAUUUAAAAUGUCCAUAGCAUUUAUAUUAAGUUACAAUAGUAUUAAAAAAACUCAACAAAUAAGUGUUUAAUUUAUUAUAAUAAAUAUAAAUUCGAUUUUCUUUCGACUAGAUUUGUGUAAUAGGUUUGACAACGAAAUUUAUGAGAAUUGGUUUUUAAACGAGAUUUUUACUCGGAUUUGGUUUUAGAAUAGACUGGCAUAAUUUAUGUGCAUUUUAUCAAUAGAAUGGUAUUUAGGUAACUUUUUCCAUUGAUGUCAAUACUAUUCGUAUAAGAUAAUGAUUAAUCGAGAUUUAGUUAUAAUUGUUUUUAAUAAAAAUCAAUAUAUUUGAAAAUUGUUUAAACUUAAAAAGCACCUUUAUUUCAUGAUAUAGAGCACUCAAGUAUGGAGUAUGUAUCAUACUCCAAAUUGUUGAACAGUACUUUUUGUUAAAAAGUCAAUAUUAGAAAAAAUAUAACCCAGUUCUAGU